UUCUGCGUUUGCAUGUGUAGCCAUGUCAGUGCUGCUGCCACGUUCCUUGGGCGAGCUGCAACUGUACCGGAUCCUGCAGAAGGCCAACUUGCUCUGCUACUACGAAGCCUUCAUCCAGCAGGGCGGCGACGAUGUGCAGCAGCUCUGCGAGGCCGGCGAGGAAGAGUUCCUAGAGAUCAUGGCCCUUGUAGGAAUGGCAAACAAACCCCUUCACGUUCGAAGACUCCAGAAGUCUCUACGGGAUUGGGUCACCAACCCUUCCAUCUUCAACCAACCGUUGACGUCUCUUCCCGCUUGCAGUAUACCGGUGUACAAGCUACCCGAAAGUUCCCACAGCAACGGGCAACAGAACCAGCUUGCUGUUCCGAGAGCAUUAUUACCCACAAGCCCCAGUCCUGGAAGACUGGAUCUCAGCAGGGAUGGGACGCCAGGUUGCUCCCCGCUCCAAGGGGCUAGCGAGAGUCGUUUUUGGGGAAGCGAGAGCGAACACAGCCUGUCUCCAUCUGGAGCUUGUUCCCCAUGUUCACCCCUCGACGCUCUAGAUGCUCUCGAUUCUGCUGCUGUCCAAUGCGUGAUGGAGUGCGUAGAGCGACUAGCCCAAACUUUGCCCAGGAGCGACCCCACGGAAGUCAAAGAACACAUCCGUGCCAAUAAGAAGCUCAGCAAGAUGAUCGGCCAUAUAUGCGAGAUGAGCGAAGACAAUCCACAGAAGGAGGCAGAGAUUCGGAAAUACAGCGCCAUCUAUGGACGGUUCGAUUCCAAGCGGCGGGACGGCCGGCAGCUUACGAUGCACGAGCUAACAGUCAACGAAGCAUCUGCUCAGCUGUGCAUGAAAGAUCUGUCGCUGCUGACCCGAAGAGAUGAACUUUUCUCACUGGCCAGGCAGAUUUCACGUGAAGUUACCUACAAAUACACCCGCAGGAGCAGCAGGUCCCAAUGUGGUGAAGAAGAUGAACCAUCUCCCAAGAGGAUCAAAUCUGAAGAUGGUGUGUAUGAUUUACAGGAGGCUCUUCACGUUCUUCAUACGCGUCAAGAGACGGUGAGAGAACAGCUCGCAAUCGCCAAAUCAAAAGGAGAGGAGACAAUCAGACAUAGUCUACAGGUACAGCUGGACUCUCUGUUGGCAAAGCAGGUGGAGCUCUUGCGUGACGCUGCCGUUCAAGAGAGACUAAAAUCGUUGGACUGGCGGAUUCCAACUGCAGCACUGAAAUACCUCGCUCCCACUGCUCAACACUGCAACAACGGCCUUUCACAUCUCUCUGGUGAGAGACCCCUUAACUUGCGCCUGACAGAUGUGCCGCUGGGGAGGCAACUAGCCAAUGAGCUCAAAAGACAUCACAAACAGAUCACAGAGGAACGACAUCAAAACCAACAGACGUCCGAAGAGAGAAUGGCAGCAGCCACAGAAAAUGGGUCUCAGAAGGAGCCUGGGCUUUUGGACAAGAGAACCAUCAAAUCAGAACCAGAGGACUCCAGAUAACAUCUUCAGCCUCAAAGUGAAACUUGGAUUUUGUUUGCUCAGUGGAUUUAGUACUGAAACUGUGUGGCCUUAAGAACUGUAAAUGACUAGAGAUCCAUUUAUUUAGAUUUUAAAUUGUUUAAGAAUUAUUUUUAUUUCUAAUUUUAGAACAAAAAACUUGAAUGUCUUGUGGUCUUGAAACUAAGACUGUAUUUGUGCAUCUUUUUGUACAUAAUCUGUGUUUGUUUAUUUGAUUGCAUGUCUUAUUCGUUACUAUUUUUUUAUUUAAAAUAUUCGUUAAUUAACAGAAACACUGGAGUUUCGUAGAAAACCGUUGUGUAGUCCUAAGAUAGUAGAUAAGGUUAAAUGAUGACAUUCAUCUGUUCGUAUCGUUUGUCGUUGAGGAUGAACUUAACGUAAAAGAAUACUUAAUAUGUAGAAUUAGCUUUGCGUGUUUUUGCGAUUGCGUCAGUUUCGAUGUUAGUACAACAAAAGUUUAUUGUGUAUUUGUUACCAGCUCUAGCCUUGUUCUCAGUGUACGAUGUUGUAUAUCUUGCUGUCGUUAAAUGUUAACUGUUGCAUUUUGACUGUGAUUUUUCUUAAAAAAAAAAACAUUUUAUCAAACAUGGGCUUUUGUAAGUUAGCUGUGAUAAUCUUCCAAUCUGUAUUUUUUUUUCUAUACAAAUUUGUUGUGUGUUUCACUCUUUAUCUUGUCUUUGUAAAAUCGUUCUACAAAUAAAACCGA